AUGGCUUCCUCCUCAAUCCCCAACUCUUUCCUUCUGCAGUCAAGGCUUGUUGAAGAGGAUUUGUGUCACAAGCCGUGGAGUCCAUCCUGGAUCUCAACAGAUCCCAGUUCAAAGAACCAGGUACUUCGUACCUCCCGACAAUUCACAUCCGCUUUGUCCUUAUUAUCUGCAGGCCUCGCAUUUUACUCUUGCUGCUUUGGAUGUUUUGAGCCUGUGAGGUCUUUCCUACUUAAUCUAAAUAUUGGCUUUGCUGCUUGUUCUCUUCUUACAGCUUGGUUUGUUUCAAAAGACUACAAAUCCCUGACUUGGCAAGCUCAGAAGACUCUUGAACAACACAUGGCUGAAGUGACCUCUUACUCAAUUGGGAUCUUGACCAAGGCGACUAUGUCAACUCCACCAGCAGUUAUCGCUGCUGUAUACUCCCAAUGUCUGGCAGGGCAGACACUUGUUCCGGAUUCAGGAUGGGUCCAUCUAGCCUCAACCACUGUCAUGCUUCAUGUGGCUAUCAGAAUUGUUCCAGUCUUGCUCAAAGAUGAUAGACACCUCAUUUUGCUAGCAAAUUCUUUCUCAACCAAAGAAGGUCCAGGCGUUCUGCCUUCAGAAGCGUACAGAACUGCACUAUGGAGGAGACCUACAGGCCUCACAGCAGCCACUCGGUCAAGAUUUGAACACAAUAUCAGAAUUUGA